UGUCUCUGAAGAUGGGCUGUGCAAGUGGAAGGGGUUAUAAUUAGGAGCAGGUGGAGCACUUACUGCUGACAGGGCAGGCGAGGCCAAAAAAAGCCUUUAACGGCGGACGACGCACCGGCGAGAAGCGGAACGGGACGGGCGGACCGCUGCGUAGCGAGGAAGCAGCUGCGAUGGCCAGCAAAGUGAUAGACCUGAUGUACUGGCGGGAUGUUAAGAGGACGGCCGUGGUGUUCACGGGCCUUGUGGUCGGCCUGGCCUGCCUGUUCCAGCUCAGCCUCAUCAGUGUGGUGUCCAACUUCCUCCUGGCCAUCCUGGGCUUCACCAUGUUCGUACGCCUCCUCUGCAAGGCCCUGCACCUCGUUCGCCUCAUUGAUGCCUCUCACCCUUUCCAGUCGUUCCUGGAUGAGGAUCCCACCCUGACAGAUGACAUCACCAUUCGCAUGGUGGAAACCAUCGUUCUCCUGAUUGCCACGUCCAUCACAGAGCUAAAGAGACUCUUGUUCGUUGAGAACAUGAUGGAUUCAAUCAAGUUCCUGGUGCUGCUGUACCUGCUGACCUAUGUAGGUGUCCAGACCAACGGCCUCACGCUGGUCAUGUCUGCGGUGAUUUGUGCCUUCUCUCUCCCUCUGUUUUACCGGCUGCAGCAGGGACGCAUUGAGAGGAUCGUGAAAGCAGUGAACGCCUCUUUAGAUAGAGGCAAACUAAUCCUUGACAGCAUCUAUGAGCUCAUCCACCCGUCUCCUCCACCGCCUCCUGCUUCGACUCCAACGCUGAAGGCCAAGCUGAAGGCCAAGUGAUGAGGGAGAACGACACAG